UGCUCUUGUGGAAUGGAUUGUCGUGUUACUGGUGUUUUGAGUGCAGUGUAGUGAGAGUGUCAAGUGUCAUGUGGCAGGGAUGGGGGCCUCCGCCCCCCAUGCUAUAACGUGGUCGCCCACUGUGUCUUGCGAAGGUGUAGCCGCUACAGACGCGGCUCUACAGUGAAUUGUGGAGUGUGACAUGGCCAUCGCCGUGGGAGGUGAAGAAAGUGUUGGCGAGGGCGGCGUGUGGGCGUCCGGGGCCCGCCCGCAUGAAGACUUGUGUACUAGAACUAGCUGGGCAGACGCCCGCACCGCCCUCGCCCAUAUUAACAAGGGUCGGGCGACCGGCAGCCGGGCGGCACUAUGGGUACGGACCAAGUUACAGUGGCAGCUCAUGCAGCUUGGGGUGUUCGCUCAAAGACACGCCGGCAAGGUGCUCUUCGUGGCCCUCCUCGUCCUCGCCACCUUCUGCGUCGGCCUCAAGAGCGCGACGCUGCUCACCGACGUCCAGAGAUUAUGGGUUGAAGAGGGCGGCCGUUUGGAGAAGGAGUUGGAGUACGUGGAGAAGAGCCUGGGCGAGGGCGCAGGCACUACCAAGCAGAUCCUUAUCCUCACGCCCAAGGACCAGGGUGCCAACAUCCUGCAUCCCCGGGCACUCCUCGCCCACGCGGCCGUGCUCCGUGCGGCGACCUCCGUCAAGAUAGAAAUGUUCGACAUAUCAUGGAGUUUGAAAGACCUCUGCUUCGCCCCGAGUCUACCCGAGGUGGAAGAUUAUAUGAUAGAGCAGAUCUUCGAGAAGAUCACCCCCUGCGCUAUCAUCACGCCCCUGGACUGCUUCUGGGAGGGCUCGAAGCUCCUGGGACCUGAGAACCCCGUCAACCUACCACUGCUGGGCCCUGCCAUCAGAUGGACCAACCUCAACCCGCAGAAGAUCGUCAACAGAAUCAAGGAAUUCGAGAGCAACGAGAGAUAUGAACACGGCUUUUCCCUCUCCUACUUCGCUGACUUCAUGAAACGGGCUGGGAUAACAACGGCUUACCAAGAGAAGCCCUGUCUCGACCCGACCGACCCCGAGUGUCCGGAAACUGCCCCCAACAAGCACUCCAAACAGGUGCCUGACGUAGGCGCUGAGCUGACGGGCGGAUGCUACGGAUAUGCCGGGAAGUUCAUGCACUGGCCGGAGGACCUGAUCGUGGGCGGGACUCAGACCAACAAGACGGGACACAUCGUCAGAGCGGAGGCCCUACAGAGCAUGGUGCAGCUGAUGGGCUCCAAGAACCUUUACGAGUAUUACGACCAGCACUACCGCGUCCACCACGUCGACUGGUCACAGGAGAAGGCGAAUCAGCUGCUCGAGGCCUGGCAGCAGAAGUUCACGCAGGAGGUGCUGGCGGAGACGGAGCGCCUUCAGAAUGAAACUCGCCGCUACAACAUGCUGCCCUUCUCCAGCGCCACCCUCGGCUAUCUCCUCAGGGACUUCUCCGAGGUGCCCGCCUUCAGGGUCGCCCUCGGUUACAUAUUCAUGGUGAUGUACGCGUGCUUGUCGCUCGCGAAGUUGUCGGAUUCGGUGAGAUCGGCGGCGGGUCUCGGCCUCGCGGGGGUCCUGCUGGUUGCCAUCACCGUCGCCGCCGGCCUCGGGUUGUGCGCCUUGCUCGGGCUGCCCUUCAACGCCUCUACGACGCAGGUGCUGCCCUUCCUGGCGCUGGGCCUGGGCGUCGACGACAUGUUCCUCAUGGCGCACACCUUCGCCGAGACCGCCGACAACUCGCUCAUCCCCUACCAGGACCGCGUUGGCGAGGUGCUCAAGCGUGCCGGCGUAUCGGUGGUGCUGACGUCCGUCUGCAACGCCUGCGCCUUUUUCGCGGGCGCCCUUGUGCCUGUGCCCGCCCUCAGAGCCUUCUGCAUGCAGGCGGCGCUGCUGGUGCUGGUCAACCUGGUGGCUGCCCUCACCGUGUUCCCCGCGGUCAUGAGCCUGGACCUACGGCGGCGCCACGCUCAGCGCGCGGACCUCCUGUGCUGCCUCCCGGGCUGGAACCGCGACCAGGUCGUGUCCCUGCAGCCGGCGUCGUCCUCCAGCGCCGCGGCGGAGGAAGGGCGCAGCUGGACGCGCCCUCACCGCCCGCCUCCCGUCAACAACGAACUCACCAAAAAGAACACGGUCACGCGGGCGCUCCCUCCCCCGGGGGGUGGCACCGUCACGCAGGUGGUUAUGCCACCCGUCGCGCCCAGAGAGUGCUGGGCGACCACCGCCACGCCCACGGACCCUCACGCCCCCUCCGCUCCCUCCCUCGAAUCCCUGGCCACGACGAAUUCCACGCGGGACCUUGUGAGCGGGGAGAAGCGCUUCUCGGGCGUCUCGCGGGCGUGGACGUCGGUGCUGAACUUCUGGUCUGGCUGGAACCUGGACAAGUGGGCGGCGGAGGUGUACGGACCGGCGGUGACGCGCGGGCCGGUGAAGGCGGCGGCGAUGGUGGCGCUGCUGGCUUCGGUGGCCGCGGCGGCGUGGGGCGUGAGCCGCGUGCAGGACGGCCUGGACCUGACGGACAUCGUCCCCAGCGACACGCCCGAGUACGCCUUCCUGGCAGCCCAGCAACGCUACUUCGGCUUCUACAACAUGUUCGCCGUGACGCAAGGCAACUUCGAGUACCCGACCAAGCAGCGGCUCCUGCACGACUACUACGAGGCCUUCACGCGCGUCAACCACAUCAUCAAGAAUGACGACGGAGGGCUGCCCGAGUUCUGGCUGUCGCUCUUCAGGGACUGGCUCGUCGGACUCCAGCAGGCCUUUGACAGGGACUGGCGGACCGGCUGCAUCACCCAGGAGCACUGGCACAAGAACGCCUCGGACGACGGAAUCCUCGCCUACAAGCUGCUCGUCCAGACCGGCCACGUCGACAACCCCAUCGACCUUUCGCUCGUCGCCCAUACGCGGCUGGUGGACUCGGAGGGCAUCAUUAACCCGAAGGCCUUCUAUAACUACCUGACGGCGUGGAAGAGUAACGACGCCCUGGCUUAUGGCGCCUCACAGGCCGACCUGCGCCCGGAACCCCGCGAUUGGCUCCAUGAUGUUCACGACAUCGAUCUGAAGAUCCCGAAGUCGCCGCCGCUGGUGUACACGCAGCUGCCCUUCUACCUGCACCAGCUGGGCGACACCAACGCCAUCACCGCCAUGAUUCACGAGGUGCGCGCCAUCUGCAGGAAGUUUGAGGAGCGCGGCCUGCCAAACUUCCCCACGGGCAUCCCCUUCACCUUCUGGGAACAGUAUAUUAAGCUCAGGUUUUAUCUGGUGCUGGCGCUGCUGGCGGUGCUGACGGCGGUGUUCCUGGUGCUGGCGGUGGUGCUGAUGAAUCUGUGGGCGGCGGCGCUGGUGGUGCUGCUCCUGGCCACGCUCGUACUGCAGCUGUUCGGCGUCCUGGGCAUCUUGGGCGUGAAGCUGUCUGCCGUGCCCGCCGUGCUGCUGAUCGUCAGCGUGGGCGUGGGCGUUGAGUUCUGCGUGCACGUGACGGUGGGAUUCCUGACGGCGGUGGGCGGCCGCGACCGGCGGGUGGUGCUGGCGCUGCAGCACAUGGCGUCGCCCGUGCUGCACGGCGCCGCCUCCACGCUGCUCUCGUCGCUCAUGCUGCUCUUCUCCGAGUUCGAGUUCAUUCGGCGAUACUUCUUCUACGUGCUUCUGGCGCUGACGGUGCUGGGCGUGAUAGAUGGGCUGCUGUUCCUGCCGGUGCUACUGUCUCUGGUAGGUCCUCCUGCCGAAGUGGUGCCGCGGAACCACCCUGACCGCCUGCCCACGCCUUCGCCUCCUCCGUCCCCACAGCCGGCCCACUCCCACUCCCACAGCGGCUCCUCCAGACGUAGCGGGCGAAGCGGCGGAGGAAGCCGCAACUCGCGGAGGUCCGGCGGCGGCGGCGGCGGCUCGCUUUACCCGCGGCUGCACGGCGGCUCCAACCUCUCGCUCACCACCAUCACGGAGGAGCCUUCGUCAGCCAGGUCCUCGCAGUCGCUCCGCUCGUCUCAUGAAAUUGUCGUGGAGCCACAGGUGGUUGUCGAAACGACCACGACGCCCGCGCACGGAACUGGCUCUGGCGAGGCGCACCUCGACCACCACGUCACCACCAAAGUCACCGCCACAGCCAAGGUCAAGGUGGAGCUCCACACGCCACUGCCGGGUUCAGUGGAUCCCACCUACCGCAGCAGCAGCAGUAGCACCAGACGCAGCAGUCGACGGAGUAGUAGUAGCAGCAGCAGUAGUUACGGCGGGGGCGCUGGCGUCGGCAGCCAUGGCUCGGGUUCGCUCAACGGCAGUCACUCGUCCUCUUCCUCCUCCACUCCCUCCUACUCUUCCUCCGCCAGUGGCACGGGGGCCUCCUCCUCCAGGGGGUCCUCGGACAUGGAGGACGAAUCUUCGCCCAAGUGAGGUUCGCCUCUGCCUCUUCCGAAAUGGUGCUAGCGGGGCCUCCGUCGGGAAGCCGAAGCCAAAAUCAAACAAGCCGAACCGAACUCAGUUACUCCACUCGUCAAAGAAUCUUUUGUCCCUUGCCAGCGCCUUCU